AUGAACUACCUUCGUCGGCGCCUGUCAGACAGCAGCUUUGUGGCCAACCUCCCCAACGGCUACAUGAUGGACCUGCAGAGGCCCACCCCGCCAGGUUCCUCCACCUCCUCCCCGGCCUCCCCUGCCACCGAGCGACGGCAACCCCCGAGCGUCCCGCCCCCAGCACCUGCUCAGAGUUCGGCUCCGGGUUCCGCCGGUGCCGGCAGUUUCCUCAGCUCAUUCUCCAGCGUGGUGAAGAGUGCUCAGAUGGCGCAGAAUGUCGCUGCUGCCGCACACGCCAAGUCGGCGGCGGCGUCAGCUGCCGCGACUACCGAAGGUGCCCCGACUGGAAGCGGUCAACCUCCUAAACCUGUCGUCCGCAAACCCAAGAUCUUGCUUGUUAUUGAUGAUCAACACACAGACUGGGCCAAGUACUUCCGGGGCAAGAAGCUGAACGGGGAGUACGAAAUCCGCGUGGAACAGGCAGAGUUCUCCGAGAUCAAUCUGGCCUCCUAUGUCAUUUCAGGAUGCAUGGUGGACAUGCAAGUCAACAAGGCGGGCACCAAAAUGGUCCGGUCCUUCAAACCUGACUUCGUCCUGAUUCGUCAGCACGCCUACAGCAUGGUCCCGGGAGAGGAUUUCAGGAACCUCGUCAUCGGCUUGCAUUUUGGCGGCGUGCCGAGUAUCAACUCCCUCUCCUCCAUCUACAACUUCUGCAGCAAGCCUUGGGUGUUCUCGCAAAUGAUAAAGAUCUACCACUCCCUCGGUGCAGAGAAAUUCCCUCUGAACGAACAAACCUUCUAUGCCAACCACAUGCAGAUGCUUACAAGCCCUUCCUAUCCUGUGGUGGUGAAGAUGGGCCAUGCCCACUCCGGCAUGGGAAAGAUCAAAGUGGAAAACCAACAGGACUUCCAGGACAUCACCAGCGUGGUCGCGCUGGCCGGGACUUACGCCACUACCGAGCCAUACGUGCAGUCCAAAUAUGACAUUCGCAUUCAGAAGAUCGGAAACAACUACAAGGCUUACAUGAGAACCUCCAUUUCAGGGAACUGGAAGGCGAACACAGGGUCAGCCAUGUUGGAACAGAUUGCCAUGACUGACAGAUACCGACUGUGGGUGGACUCUUGCGCCGAGAUGUUCGGCGGCCUCGACAUAUGCGCGGUGAAGGCUGUCCACGGAAAAGAUGGCAACGACUACAUCAUUGAGGUGAUGGACAGCUCCAUGCCACUCAUUGGGGAACACCUUGAGGAGGAUAAGCAGCUGAUUACAGAGCUGGUGCUGCACAAAAUGGCGCUGGUGCUGCUAGGCGUUUCUACACCACCACCUUCUUCCGUCAAGACUACACAACCAAGACGAGUGGGUCACCGCUCUGGCUCUGCUUCACCGUCCCAGUCGGCCCAAGGUUCGCCCCAGCGGGCCCGCUCGGCCACCACCUCGCCCAGCCAGUCCUUCCAGCCGGGGCCCAUCCCGGACGCUCAGAAACAAUCGCCGCAACUCAACAAAUCGCAGUCGCUGACCAACACCUUCACAGAGACUUUGCGCGGCAACGUGACCGACGACGAGGCCAAAGCGGAGACUAUCCGCAGUCUCCGGCAGUCCUUCGCCAGCCUCUUCUCUGACUGA